AGCAAUUGACCCAGAACUCAUUUCCAGAAAAACAGCUUCCUUCAAAUUGACAAAAUAAUGAAAUGAGGAAUUUGAACAUUUUAUCUUUGGACGGGAGUCUUCUGAUGGUGAAAAGCAAUUAAUCCAAGCCAUGUGGUAAAAUCAGGAAUUUGAAGAAAAUGGAACUGUUCCCAUUUUUGUUAAUAUGUGUUUUUCUGCCCCUCAUAAGGGGGCAUAGUCUCUUCACCUGUGAACCAAUUACUGUUCCCAGAUGCAUGAAAAUGGCCUACAACAUGACAUUUUUCCCUAAUCUGAUGGGUCAUUAUGACCAGGGUAUUGCUGCUGUGGAAAUGGAGCAUUUUCUUCCUCUUGCAAAUUUGGAAUGUUCACCAAAUGUUGAAACUUUCCUUUGCAAAGCUUUUGUACCAACCUGCACAGACCAAAUUCAUGUGGUUCCGCCUUGUCGAAAAUUUUGUGAGAAAGUAUAUUCUGAUUGUAAAAAAUUAAUUGAUACUUUUGGAAUCAGAUGGCCUGAGGAACUUGAAUGUGACAGAUUGAAAUACUGUGAUGAGACUGUUCCUAUAACCCUUGAUCCACACACAGAGUUUCUUGGUCCUCAGAAAACAGAAGACAUCCCAAGAGACAUUGGAAUUUGGUGUCCAAGGCAUCUUAAGACUUCUGUGGGGCAAGGCUAUAAGUUUCUGGGAAUUGAUCAGUGUGCACCUCCAUGUCCCAACAUGUAUUUUAAAAAUGAUGAGCUAGAGUUUGCAAAAAGUUUUAUUGGGAUAGUUUCAAUAUUUUGUCUUUGUGCAACUCUGUUUACAUUUCUUACUUUUUUAAUUGAUGUUAAAAGAUUCAGAUACCCAGAGAGACCAAUUAUAUAUUACUCUGUGUGUUACAGCAUUGUAUCUCUUAUGUACUUUGUUGGUUUUUUGCUAGGCAAUAGCACAGCAUGCAAUAAGGCAGACGAGAAGCUAGAAGUCGGUGACACUGUUGUUCUAGGCUCUCAAAAUAAGGCUUGUACCAUUUUAUUUAUGUUUUUGUAUUUUUUCACAAUGGCUGGCACUGUGUGGUGGGUGAUUCUGACCAUUACUUGGUUCUUAGCUGCAGGAAGAAAAUGGAGUUGUGAAGCCAUUGAACAGAAAGCAGUGUGGUUUCAUGCUGUUGCAUGGGGCAUCCCAGGUUUUCUGACUGUUUUGCUUCUUGCCAUGAACAAAGUUGAAGGAGAUAACAUUAGUGGAGUUUGCUUUGUUGGCCUUUAUGACCUGGAUGCCUCUCGCUACUUUGUACUUUCACCGUUGUGCCUUUGUGUGUUUGUUGGGCUGUCUCUUCUUUUAGCUGGCAUUAUUUCCUUAAACCAUGUGCGACAAGUUAUACAGCAUGAUGGGCGGAACCAAGAGAAACUAAAGAAAUUUAUGAUUCGAAUUGGAGUCUUCAGUGGCCUGUAUCUUGUGCCCUUAGUGACACUUCUGGGAUGUUAUGUCUAUGAGCAAGUGAACAGGGUUACCUGGGAGAUAACUUGGGUCUCUGACCAUUGUCGUCAGUACCACAUCCCAUGUCCUUAUCAGGCAAAAGCAGAAGCUCGACCAGAAUUGGCCCUAUUCAUGAUAAAAUAUCUGAUGACAUUAAUUGUCGGUAUCUCUGCUGUCUUCUGGGUUGGAAGCAAAAAAACAUGCACAGAGUGGGCUGGGUUUUUUAAACGAAAUCGCAAGAGAGAUCCGAUCAGUGAAAGUCGAAGAGUGCUACAGGAGUCAUGUGAAUUUUUUUUAAAGCAUAAUUCUAAAGUGAAACACAAAAAGAAGCAUUACAAACCACGUUCACACAAGCUGAAAGUCAUUUCCAAAUCCAUGGGGACCAGCACAGGAGCUACAACAAAUCAUGGCACUUCUGCAGUAGCAAUCACUGACCAUGAUUACUUAGGACAAGAAACUUUGACAGAAGUCCAAACCUCUCCAGAAACAUCAGUGAGAGAGGGGAGAGCAGACAGAGCAAGCACCCCCAAAUUAAGAGAGCAGGACGGUGGUGAGCCUGCCUCCCCAGCAGCCUCUACCUGCAAACUCUCUGGGGAGCAAGCCAACAGGAAAGGCCGGGCAGGCAGCAUGAAGGAUAAGAGCAGUGUGUCUGAGGGUUCUCGGAGUGCAGGAAGGGUAAGUCCAAGGAGUGAUAUUACUGAAACUGCCCCAGUGCAGAGCAACAAUUCACAGGCGCCCAGUUCUUCAGAGCCAAGCAGCCUUAAAGCUUCCACAUCUCUGCUUGUUCACUCAGCUUCCGAAGAUAGAAAAGAGCAGAGUGCUGGCGGUCAUUCAGAUACUUGA